GGACUGCCUAAGGAUAUCUCUCCUCUCCUAUAAUCGGUCAACCGUCCCCCACCGCACGCAGUCUCUCUCAUACCAUCCGAUCGUUACCACAACAACAGAUGACAGAUAGAAGGCCAGAUUAAAGAAGUGAGGAGAGGGUACAGAAAACGAAAAACCACCAACAAUAACAAAAGAUAACUCCUCCACCCUCCCCUCUACCCUCUCUUGUUGAUGGCCAACCCUGGCCUUCAACCCACCACCACCGCCACCACCAUCACCACCUCACCAUGACUCACUUCAGCCGGAACUUGCUUCGUCUCGACCACAAGUUGGCCUGCUUCGUCCAGCUCGCCGUCGUCCGCCGCUUCUUCCACCUCCUCUGGGACCGCCUCCUCUCAUGUUCUUGUGGCCGCGCCCGGUACCGGCGGCUCAACGGGUGCUCCCCGCCGCAGCUCGUGGUGAUCGAGGACGCUGCCGUGGCGGCCGCCGCCCCUGCCGCCGCGUGCAGCGACGUCGAGGUGGAUUCCGAUUUGGUGCCGCUGAAGGUCAUUCUCCUCGGCGACUGCCAUAUCGGAAAAACAAGCUUCAUGGUUAAGUAUGUGGGUGAUGUGGAGGAACAGAGGGGGUUGCAGAUGACAGGACUGAAUUUGAUGGAUAAGAUUUUAGUUGUUAGGGGAGCGAGAAUUGCAUUUAGUAUUUGGGAUGUUGGAGGCGAUCGUCAAUUUCUUGAUCAUCUUCCCAUUGCUUGUAAAGAUGCUGCAGCAAUUCUUAUUAUGUUCGAUCUAACCAGCCGUUGCACUCUAAAUAAUACUAUCGGCUGGUAUCAACGGGCAAGAAAAUGGAAUAAGACGGCGAUCCCUAUCUUAAUAGGAACAAAAUUUGAUGACUUUGUUCAGCUUCCUCUUGAUAUGCAAUGGACAAUUGUGAAUCAGGCCAGAGCAUGUGCAAGAGUGAUGAAUGCAACUCUCUUUUUUUCAAGUGCCACCCACAACAUAAAUGUGAACAAGAUUUUCAAGUUCAUCAUAGCCAAGCUCUUUAACUUGCCAUGGACUGUAGAGAGAAAUUUAACACUUGGAGAACCCAUCAUUGAUUUCUAGGGUUCUCUCUUUCUUUUUCUUUCUUUUCCUUUCUUUUCUUUUGCUUUCUUUUGUUAACCUUUUGUCUUGCAAGUGCAAGAUUGUACAUAGCAAAAAAUUCCAUGAUGCCUUGGUGUUU